AGAUGGAGCCGCCACACGUGGGUAGAAAGGUUGGGGAACUUGCGGUCGCUGUGUUGGAAGGUUCCCAGUCUCUUAUCGCCCUGAAAGUUCCCAUCUCCACAACAGCGCCCGCAACUCCCUGGGAGGAGUCCUUCUCAUCGAAACUCAGACUAAAAGGCUGGUCAGAGGAUGGCUACGUGCGUCUCUUCGACAUACAGAACCACUGUUUGGGUAACCCGAUGUCACAGGAUGUUGAAUUGAUAACUAUAGACAGUAUCCCUGACGACAUGAGGAAGGAGGCAAUGCAGGCUGACAUCGAGGACAAGAUGAGGACUAUGUUUCUUGAGGAAGAAGGAGUUCACACGAGAUCCAAGAUUCGCCAACUUCAAAAAUAUGACACUGUGGACGGAAGAACGGUGACUAUUCUCAGUUGCUCCCACUUCAAUCAAGAGAAGUUGAUCGUCGUCUUUGAAGGGGACCAAGAAAAUGUGCCACAUGUCAUUUCCAAGGAUUUCUUGAAUCUCCAAAAGAAAGGAAUAAAGCUACAGAGCGAUGCCGAGAUAGAUACAAUGAUCGAAGCCGUGGGGAAACUAUUGCAAGGUCUUCCCGGUACAAACCUGCAACCGCUUCCUGUGUCACUGUCGCUCAAGAAGUAUAUCAAGGACAAACUUUUCAACAAUGUUGACAGCAACGGUGGCGUGUCUUCCGACAGCUCUCUCAGCUCAGUUCCAGAUGAGGAGGCCUGUGAGCUUCCCUUCCACGUGGAUGAUGAAGAGAUCCUACGUGCCAAUGAUGAUGUAAAGGACCAAGAGGAUAUUUACGUGUCGGAAGUUGCCAAAGAGACAAAAACUGGUCAGAAAGCAACAUCAGCACUGUCCCUUAGAUAUAAGACAAAGUCUACCGAUACUUUCCAAUCCUCGGCGUCGACGAGCAAAACUGCUGAAGAGCUACGCAGAGAUAAUGGACAAGAAAGUUACCAGGGACAAUCUGCAACAUUAUCAAGCACCUUUGAGGCAUCUCCACUUCCUGUUUGGCGAUGCCCAGACUUCCCCUGGUGUGACCCGGACUGCAUAGCCCUGAUGCUGCCCGUGUUCCUGAACCGCCUUGGCGACCAGAGUUUUGCCACGGACGCAGACAAAGGCGCAAUAAUCUACAGGAAGAUGAUGUGCCUCUUGCUGCACGCCUUUAGAGACUGCGAAGAAACUGACUGUCCCAUAGACAAGGCCUUAGCCGAAGGUAGGUUAUGGUCUCAUUGA